AUGUACUGGAAGCAGAGGCACCGGAAGCUGAAGAACCAGCAGCCGCUGUACUGGAAGCAGAGGCACCGGAAGCUGAAGAACCAGCAGACGCACCGGAAGCAGAGGCACCGGAAGCCGAAGAACCGGCAGCAGAGGCACCGGAAGCAGAGGCACCGGAAGCUGAAGAACCAGCAGCCGCUGUACUGGACGCAGAGGCGCCGGAAGCUGAAGAACCAGCAGACGCACCGGAAGCAGAGGCACCGGAAGCCGAAGAACCGGCAGCAGAGGCACCGGAAGCAGAGGCGCUGGACGCCGAAGAAACGACAGCAGAGGCACCGGAAGCAGAGGCACCGGCAGCCGAAGAACCCGCAGCUGAUGUACUGGAAGCAGAGGCACCGGAAGCUGAAGAACCAGCAGCCGAUGUACUGGACGCAGAGGCGCCGGAAGCUGAAGAACCAGCAGAGGCACCGGAAGCAGAGGCACCGGCAGCCGAAGAACCCGCAACUGAUGUACUGGAAGCAGAGGCACCGGAAGCUGAAGAACCAGCAGCCGCUGUACUGGAAGCAGAGGCACCGGAAGCUGAAGAACCAGCAGACGCACCGGAAGCAGAGGCACCGGAAGCCGAAGAACCGGCAGCAGAGGCACCGGAAGCAGAGGCGCUGGACGCCGAAGAAACGACAGCAGAGGCACCGGAAGCAGAGGCACCGGCAGCCGAAGAACCCGCAGCUGAUGUACUGGAAGCAGAGGCACCGGAAGCUGAAGAACCAGCAGCCGCUGUACUGGAAGCAGAGGCACCGGAAGCUGAAGAACCAGCAGACGCACCGGAAGCAGAGGCACCGGAAGCCGAAGAACCGGCAGCAGAGGCACCGGAAGCAGAGGCGCUGGACGCCGAAGAAACGACAGCAGAGGCACCGGAAGCAGAGGCAUCGGCAGCCGAAGAACCUGCAGCUGAUGUACUGGAAGCAGAGGCACCGGAAGCUGAAGAACCAGCAGCCGAUGUACUGGAAGCAGAGGCACCGGAAGCUGAAGAACCAGCAGACGCACCGGAAGCAGAGGCACCGAAAGCCGAAGAACCGGCAGCAGAGGCACCGGAAGCAGAGGUGCUGGACGCCGAAGAAACGGCAGCAGAGGCGCCGGAAGCAGAGGCACCGGCAGCUGAAGAACCAGCAGCCGCUGUACUGGAAGCAGAGGCACCGGAAGCUGAAGAACCAGCAGACGCACCGGAAGCAGAGGCACCAGAAGCCGAAGAACCGGCAGCAGGGGCACCGGAAGCAGAGGCGCUGGACGCCGAAGAAACGGCAGCAGAGGCACCGGAAGCAGAGGCACCGGCAGCCGAAAAACCCGCAGCUGAUGUACUGGAAGCAGAGGCACCGGAAGCUGAAGAACCAGCAGCCGAUGUACUGGAAGCAGAGGCACCGGAAGUUCAAGAACCAGCAGACGUACCAGAAUCCGAGCAACCAGCAGAGGCGCCGGAAGCCGAAGAGCCAGCAAAAGCACCGGAAGCAGAGGCAACGGAAUCCGAAGAAGAGGCAGAAGCACCGGAAGCCGAAGAACCGGCAGCAGAGGCACCGGAAGCAGAGGCACCGGAAGCUGGAGAACCAGCAGCCGCUGUACUGGACGCAGAGGCGCCGGAAGCUGAAGAACCAGCAGACGCACCGGAAGCAGAGGCACCGGAAGCCGAAGAACCGGCAGCAGAGGCACCGGAAGCAGAGGCGCUGGACGCCGAAGAAACGACAGCAGAGGCACCGGAAGCAGAGGCACCGGCAGCCGAAGAACCCGCAGCUGAUGUACUGGAAGCAGAGGCACCGGAAGCUGAAGAACCAGCAGCCGAUGUACUGGACGCAGAGGCGCCGGAAGCUGAAGAACCAGCAGAGGCACCGGAAGCAGAGGCACCGGCAGCCGAAGAACCCGCAACUGAUGUACUGGAAGCAGAGGCACCGGAAGCUGAAGAACCAGCAGCCGCUGUACUGGAAGCAGAGGCACCGGAAGCUGAAGAACCAGCAGACGCACCGGAAGCAGAGGCACCGGAAGCCGAAGAACCGGCAGCAGAGGCACCGGAAGCAGAGGCGCUGGACGCCGAAGAAACGGCAGCAGAGGCACCGGAAGCAGAGGCACCGGCAGCCGAAGAACCCGCAGCUGAUGUACUGGAAGCAGAGGCACCGGAAGCUGAAGAACCAGCAGCCGAUGUACUGGAAGCAGAGGCACCGGAAGCUGAAGAACCAGCAGACGUACCGGAAUCCGAGCAACCAGCAGAGGCGCCGGAAGCCGAAGAGCCAGCAAAAGCACCGGAAGCAGAGGCAGCGGAAUCCGAAGAAGAGGCAGAAGCACCGGAAGCUGAAGAACCCGCAACAGAUGCACCAGAAGCAGAGGCACCGGAAGCCGAAGAACCGGCAGAAGCACCGGAAACAGAGGCACCGGAAGUCGAAGAGCCAGCAGAAGCACCGGAAGCAGCGGCACCGGCAGCCGAAGAACCCGCAGCUGAUGUACCGGAAGCAGAGGCACCGGAAGCUGAAGAAUCAGCAGAAGAGGCACCGGAAGCCGAAGAACCGGCAGCAGAGGCACUGGAAGCAGAGGAAACGGAAUUUGAACAACCAGCAGCAGCAGCAGCAGCAGCACCGGAAGCAGAGGCACCGGAGGCCGAAGAACCAGCAAAUGCACCGGAAGCAGAGGCAACGGAAUACGAAAAACCGGCAGAAGCACCGGAAGCCGAAGAACAAGCGGAAGCAGAGGGACUAG